CCCCCUACCCAUUUCCAUUGCAUGCACCAUCUCAUCCCUCUUUCCUCCUCUCUCUCUCUCCUCUCAUCUCUCACCCCCUCGAACGAGUCCGGAACAUAUAAGCGUCUCUCAUGGCAGUCGAAACCCACCAUCUCCACCUCGCCUCUUCCCAAAUCCUAAGGAACAGGGACGACAUUAAUGGUGUAGAGGACCCAUCAGACAUCUACGACAUGCAAUUGGGAUUCGUCCCGACGGCUUCCGGCUUCAACGCCGGUUCUUUUCUCCCCCUCUGCAACUCUUCUGCAGUGAUGACCGCCACCUCCGACAGCGGCCUUACCUUCCACAACCACCCCGUAGCCAUGGCUUCGAGAAAGCGGGGGCGAGACGCCGAUGGCGCGCUUUCUUUCCUCGGUGAGGAUAUGUCAUCCCACUUUCAGCAGCAGAUGCUCGACGUCGAUCGCCUCAUCGUUCAUCACGCUGAGAAGGUGAGAGUGGAGCUGAUGGAGCGGCUGAAGCGGUUCUUGAGGCGAAUCAUCGCGUCGGUGGAAGAAGGCCUGUCGAAGCGGCUGAAGGCCAAAGAAGAGGAGAUCGAGAGAAUGAGCAAGCUGAACUGGGCACUGGAGGAGCGCAUCAAGAGCCUCUGCGUCGAGAACCAGAUGUGGCGGGACUUGGCGCGGAGCAACGAGGCGGCCGCCCAGGUGCUGCGGAGCAACCUGGAACAGGCUCUCGCGGCCGCGCAGGUCAAAGCCGAGAAGGACGCGGCAGCGAUCGCCGUCGAUGACGCCGACUCCUGCUGCUGCGGCGACAAUGCGGAGGACGAGAACAGGGGAUCUGCGGCGGCGAAGGGGAAGAAGUUGCAGUGGAGUAGGCUGUGCAGAUUCUGCCAAGAACGGGAGCCGUCGGUGCUGCUGCUACCGUGCCGGCAUCUCUGCGUGUGCGCGGCCUGCGGGCCCGCGGUCGUCGCCUGUCCCAUCUGUAACUGCAGCACGAAUGGGACUGUCAUUGUGAACAUGUCUUGAACUCAAGCAGCUUUCGUGAAGAAACAAGAAACAAAGAAGCUUUCCAUGCAGCCUUA